GCGAGGUCAAUGAUUUUUUUUUUUCUAAUUUAAAAAAAAAGAGAAUUAAAGCGACCGCUUGAACUUCCGAGAGGGCGAGAGGUUGUUCGCGCGCUGUGGAGAUGAUCUUCUUUUUCCUGGUUUGCAUGCUGGUCGAUCGCGUUGCCUGCCAGAUCCGCUACUCGGUGCCCGAGGAGCAGGAACAUGGGACCUUCGUGGGGAAUAUCGCCGAGGAUUUGGGCUUGGACGUGACGAAGCUGGCGGCCCGCCGCUUCCAGACGGUGGCGAGCUCCCGCUCGCCGUACCUGGAGGUGAACCUGGAGAACGGGGUGCUGUUCGUCAACGAGAAGAUCGACCGGGAGCAGAUCUGCCGCCAGAGCCCGAGCUGCCUGCUGCACCUCGAGGUCUUCCUGGAGAACCCCCUGGAACUUUUCCGCGUCGAGAUCGAGAUCGUGGACAUCAACGACAACCCGCCCAGCUUCCCGGAGUCCGACCUGACGGUGGAGAUCUCCGAGAGCGCGUCCGCCGGCACCCGCCUGCCGCUGGAGAGCGCCUUCGACCCGGACGUGGGCAGCAACUCGCUCCGCACCUACGAGAUCACCCCCAACAGUUACUUCCAGCUGGACGUGCAGACCCAAGGAGACGGCAACAAGUUCGCCGAGCUGGUGCUGGAGAAAGCCCUGGACCGGGAGCAGCAGGCGGUGCACCGGUAUGUGCUGACGGCGGUGGAUGGGGGGCUCCCUCAGCGGACGGGCACGGCUCUGCUCACCAUCAGGGUCCUGGACUCCAACGAUAACGUGCCGGUCUUCGAGCAGUCCGUCUACACGGUGAGCCUGCCGGAGAACGCGCCCCUGGGCACCCUGCUCAUCCAGCUGAACGCCACCGACCGAGACCAGGGCAAGAACGGCGAGGUGGUCUACUCGUUCAGCAACCACGUCUCGCCCCGGGUCAAGGAGCUGUUCAGCAUCGAGCCCAGGACCGGCUGGGUCGAGGUGAAGGGGGCGAUCGACUACGAGGAGAGCAGCCUGCACCAGAUCUAUGUGCAGGCGAAAGAUCUGGGGCCCAACGCGGUGCCGGCUCACUGCAAAGUGCUGGUCAAAGUUACCGACGUGAACGACAACGCCCCGGAGAUCAGCUUCAGCACCGUGUCCGACUCGGUGAACGAGAGCGCAGCCCCGGGCACCGUGGUGGCCCUCCUGAGUGUCACCGACCGCGACUCGGCUGAGAACGGGCAGCUGCAGUGCGAGAUCCUGGGUCAGGUCCCCUUCAAACUUAAAUCGUCCUUUAAGAAUUACUACACCAUCGUGACGGACGGGCCGCUGGACCGGGAGCUCACCGACUCCUACACCAUCACCAUCAUGGCCAAGGACAGGGGCUCACCCCCUCUGGCCUCCAGCAAGUCCAUCAAGGUGCAAGUGGCUGAUGAGAACGACAAUGCACCCAGCUUCUCGCAGCCUUCCUACGAUGUGCAUGUAACUGAGAACAACGUUCCCGGGGCUUAUAUUUACGCCGUGACUGCUGUGGACCCCGAUGUAGGGCAGAAUGCCUAUAUCUCUUACUCCAUAUUGGAGUGUGAUAUUCAGGGGAUGUCCGUUUUCACCUAUGUCUCCAUAAACUCGGAGAAUGGCUACCUGUACGCCUUGCGCUCUUUCGAUUACGAGCAGCUUAAAGAGUUCAGCUUCACGGUUCAGGCUAAGGACUCGGGGAGUCCUCCCCUGAGCAGCAACACCACCAUCAACAUCAUCAUCGUGGACGAAAACGACAACGCGCCGUCCAUCGUGUCGCCCGUGGCCAGGAACGGCAGCGCCAAAGAAAUUGUGCCCCGCUCGGCCGAGCCGGGCUACCUGGUGGCCAGGUUAGUGGCGGUGGACGCGGAUGACGGGGAUAACGCCCGCCUCACUUUCUACAUCGCCAAGGGCAAUGAACUGGGGCUCUUCAGGAUGGACUGGAGGAGUGGGGAGCUCAAGACAGCCAGGCGCUUGCCCAGCACCAAGAAGGACCCCAGCGCCCCAUACGAGCUCCUGAUUGAGGUGAGGGACCAUGGCCAACCUCCCCUGUCCGCCACCGCCACCAUCCUUGUGCUGGCCGUGGACAGCGCCGUGGAUCGCCAGGGGGAGCGGGGCAACCGGGCCGGGAAUCCCAAGGACAACUCGCUGGAUUUGACCCUCAUCCUGAUCAUCGCCCUGGGCUCGGUGUCCUUCGUCUUCCUCCUGGCCAUGAUUGGGUUGGCCAUCCGGUGCCAGAAGGACAAGAAGCUGAACAUCUACAGUUGCCUGGCCGGCGAGUGCUGCGCCUGUUGUAGGCAGGCGAGGAACAGGAAGAAGAAGCUCAGCAAAUCGGACAUCAUGCUGGUGCAGACCAGCAACACCAACGCGGCUCAGGUCUCGGUGGAGGAAGGGACCUUUGGGCACCACAGCCAGAAUUACUGUUACCAGGUGUGCCUGACCCCGGAAUCGGCCAAAACGGAUCUCAUGUUCUUGAAACCUUGUAGCCCAGCCCGGAGUACGGACGCUGACCACAAUCCCUGUGGCGCCAUCAUCACUGGGUACACGGACCAGCAGCCUGACAUCAUUUCCAAUGGGAGUAUAUUGUCAAACGAGACAAAACACCAGCGGACCGAACUCAGUUUUCUUGUGGACAGACCCCGUCGAGUUAACAGUUCUGCUUUCCAGGAAGCGGAUAUAGUGAGCUCGAAGGACAGUGGCCACGGGGACAGCGAACAAGGGGAUAGUGACCACGAUGCCACCAACCGAGCUCACAACUCUGGCGCUGACCUCUUUUCCAAUUGCACAGAAGAGUGUAAAGCACUGGGACACUCGGAUCGUUGUUGGAUGCCCACCUUUGUACCCACAGAUGGCCGUCAAGGUCCUGAUUACCGCAGCAAUCUGCAUGUCCCCGGCAUGGACUCUGUGCCUGACACCGAGGUCUAUGAAGCUCCAGAGCAGACUGGGGAGAAAUCCUUCUCUACAUUUGGAAAAGAAAAAUCACAUCCAUCUAAUUUGGAAAAGAAAGAAUAUGAUGCACUUCUGCCCAACACACGUGCGCCUUACAAGCCGCCAUAUUUAACACGGAAGAGAAUUUGCUAGUCCCUUCUGUUGUUGCAGCAUGAUUUUGCACAAGCCAACGACUUAAAAGAAAAAAAAUCAACUUUCCAGUCCGUCAUCCUGGCCAUCGCGUUGUGCAUAAUGUAGUCGAUUCCUAUAAUAUUGGAGACAAUCGUGCUAAUAAUGGAAUCGAAUGCUCUCAGCAGGUCUGAGAAUGAUGCGAUUUGGAGACCAUUUGGUAGUGACUAGUCUGGUCACUUCCAAGACCUGUGUGUGCCUGUUUACAGCACUCAAAAACUUUUACUGAGCUCAUAGCUCUUUUCUUUAAUCACCGACCGCCACAGAUCGGCACCAAAAGAAGCCAACUGUACAGAAACCAAUCAGAUGUGCAUUACAGAUGCAAUAUCACUGUUUUAGAUGUGACUGUUUUUUCUAUUUUUUUGUGAUGGAGUGUUCCCAAAUUGCGACAAGUUUUCAAGACUGUGACUGUGUCCUUCACGCACACUACUAGGUCUUUCUAGUGAUGAGCCGCAGACCCACAGUUAUCAGAGCUCCUCAGUUCAACAACGUUCUGUAGUUUAUACACAGUGUUACUUGCAAAUGUGUUUACUGUACUCUUUCGAAAAUUCUAAAUAAAAAGAAAUGUACUCCUUUUUUUUCUUUCUCAAGUGAUGGUAUCCAGUAAAGGGAUGAUUUAGCAACCUGCAAUAUCAAUAAUCCCAAGUGUCUAUUUAUCUAUAGCCUCUUCUUUCAUUUCCAUGACUGAUUAAAGCCACACCAAAAGAGAAAUUGAGAAAACUGAUCUAUAACACUUAAAGUCAAAAGUAAAUUCAAACAUUUAACAGGUAUUUGUCCCUCGAAGAAGACAAACCAUUUUGAGCUACUUCUUGGGUAUUUUCUCAACAUGAGUAAUUGAUCUGGAUCCCAAGAGGAACCAGCAAUUCCACUGGUAGACAGCAGAAAAGAUUGUUUUCCUUUAUUUAAUUCAUAUAAUCCAUGGAUCCCUCUCAUGAUGUCUUUUUUCACGAUCACUCGGGAAGAUGAUGUUUUCUUAGGAAUAAAGUUAUCCCAUCAAACCCACAUAUGUAAAUAUGAUAUAAGUUUCUAGCAAUUCCUGGUAUGAUUGAAGUAAAACUACUGAGAAGUGGUAGUGUAUUUAACGGCCGUAACAUAUUAAUAUGUUCUAUUGGAUAUCCAACAAUCUACAGAGCAAGGCUCCCAUGGUUAAUUGUACCAUUCGAAUCCCAAGAACGUAUCACAUCUUUGAGUGGAGAUUCUACUAUUAGUCAGCUCUUUUAUAUUAUACAGAAUCACUCCUUUUUUUGAUUUUUGGUCAGAUAAACUAUUUAAACCAACUCUUAUUUUAAGCUACCAAAUUUAACUUUUUUAGACUGAAAAAGAAAACAGCAGAUCAAGGUGAAAAAUUGGGGAAACUUGACUUUUUUAAAAAAUAAGAUAUUAUGAACAAAUGGAUGUUGUAUUUUUCUCACAUUGUUGAAGCAGUUUAUCGUCAAUAAAAACUGUAAUACAUUAUUAUUCUAUCCACACUGUAGUAGUUUAUACGUGCUUAAAUUAGUCAGCAAAACUUUGAAACAUGAAAUAAAUAUAAUGCUACACAGCAAUCAUUUGGGUUAAUUCAACAAGCAGUACAGAAUAAUGAUGCAAUUGUUUACAAUCAUGGAUUUAAAGUGCUAUUCAUUAAAAGUUCC